UCAAGACGCGAUGGACUUUGUGUGUCCGGUGAGUGUGUUUCUGCCAGCGGCGAGACCAACGCAACCGCAGCGUUCAAAGUCUCUCGAUCAGCCGACGACCAGCGAAAAGUCAAAAGAAGCGCGACGCGAAAAGGACUCCAGGCGUCAUGGCUCAAAAUCCUCGUCCUCGUCGUCGUCGAAGAAACGGCCAGAACCGAAGGUGCAGGAAAGGCGUCUACACAGGGACAGCCUUUUCAGCCUCUUCCCGGAUGUGCAGUGGAAGCCGCCGCGACAGGAGGAACCGGUUCAGGUGGAAGUGGAGUACUGCGACUGGAUGGCCCCGUUCAAUUGCGACGGGCGCUUCGUACCGCGCUACGAUCUCCUGCCAAUGGAGCUGAUACUGAAGGUGUUUAAGAUGAUCAACGCCAGCGACCGGUUGGCGGCCAGUGCCACGUGUCGGCGGUGGCUCGAGGCGGCCCACUGCUAUGAUCCGUUUCAGCGGCGGAUGUAUUUCAACUUUGAUCGAAUCGAGUUCAGCGACCAGGAGGGCCCGAUUGCGUACUUUACACAGUCCAUGCGAACCCUCCCGUACCUGUCGUUCACGUUCGUGGAGUUCACAAAGCACAGUGACUUUUGGGUCAACAACGGCCAGUACAUCCGCGAGCUGACGCUCCGGUGCUGCCUGAUCCGGAAGAAGAAGUUUAUCUCGAUCAUGAAGAAUCUGCCGUUGCUCGAGCGACUCGAGCUGAUGCAGUGCGACGAGCUGUUCAAGCACUGGUCCCUCGACUACAGCACCGACGAGCCAAUGUUCCCGUUCGCGCUGCCUCACCUGAAGCACCUCUCGCUGGCGGCCUGCGACUACUACAACGAGUACCAUUUCGAGCGAUUCAUCGAGGCGGCCCCCAAUCUGGAGUCGAUCGACGUCUCGAACUGCUUCAUCAACCUGUACCUGUCGCGCCGGAUGACGAUGAUUUCGCGCGUACUUCGGCUGGUCAGCAAGAACCGGAACAUCAUGAAGGCGCUCAACAUUGCCGACAUCCCGUGCUUCGACGAUGUCGCCUGGCACUGUCUGGCGGAGAUUGGGGGCCUCUUCCUGACGCACUUUACCGUCACCUACAGCGAUCGUAUACCGCUGAAGGAUCCGGGUAUCCUGAAGUUCUUUGCCGCCCAAACGAAGCUCACCCACCUCGAUCUGACGUCUUCGAUCGGCGUGAACGAUGUGUGUCUGCAGCUGAUCGUCGAAAGUUGCCCACUGCUGGAGGUGCUCAAACUGCGCCGCUGCUGGCUCCUGUCGGACGAGGGCGUUCAAGACAUUCACACCCUGCGCCACCUGCGCGUACUGGACAUUUCGAGCUGCGAGCGCAUCUCCGACUACGGCAUGCGGGUCGGCAUCGUCGGGAAGCGGGCCCGCCCAGUGGACGAGAUGUACUUCUCGCUGCUGUGCAAUCUGAGCGACUACACGAUGUACUACCUCGUGCUGAUGUUCAAAAACCUGCAGGUGCUCGACCUGGACAGCAACUCAACCAUCACGGACACUUCGCUCCAGUAUCUGUGCUGCUACUCGCAGGACCUUUGCAACCUAAACCUCCAAUCCUGCUCCAAGCUCACGGACGCCGGCUUCACCGGCAUCGAUCUGCCGGAGAAAACGUUCUCCAUCUGGGACGUGGAGGAAACGUUCGCGAUCGAUCGGCUGAAGAAGCUGCGCGUGCUGAAAGUGUCCGGGUGCUACAAGAUCACGGACUUUGCGCUCCGGUACGCGUUCCGGUUCACGGAACUGAAGGAGUUGAGUCUCUCGCGGUGCCACCAGAUUUCGGAAGCCGGCAUCGAACGGCUGGUCGCGUCGUGUCCGGCGCUCGAGUACCUGGACCUGGGCGAGUGUCCCAACAUUAACGACUACUGUGUGAAACUGAUCGCCAUCGCCCUGAAACGUAUCGGCACGCUGAAGCUCGCCAACUGUCCGCUGCUGACCGAGACGUGCUUGGACUAUCUCGCCAAAUACUGCACCACCCUGAAGUACCUGUACGUGAGGGGCUGCUUCAAGCUGCCGCCGGACAUAAUGGAUCGGCUGUCGACGAUCUCAUCACUGCGCCAAGUGUACAAGUCCUAGACGGCGGGGGGGGGGCCCUCCGGCCAACAAUCCGUUCUUUUAUAUUAACUAGCAUAAGGUUAUUUACAAGUUGAUACCACCCCUUAAAAAUAAAUCGUUUCGCCAGUUCGCACGUAAACAAAGUGUACUUCACGAGU